AUGUCAAUCCUACCCCUCGAUGUUGUUGAGCUAAUUCUGGAGAGACUUCCGGUGAAAUCUCUGCUUAGAUUUACGUGUGUAUCGAAAGAGUGGAGAUGUACAAUAACAGAAUCCCGGGGUUUUCAAGAGAGACAGUUGAUCCGUCGUCAGCAAACACAUGACCCAGAUGUCCUUUUAGUGUCCAUGGUUGAUGCUUCUGCUAUGGAUCUGACCAACAUAGAAGCUCUAAGAACGGUUGUGGUGGGGUCGCCAGUUUCGGUCAAGAUCCAAACUCCUUGGGAGAACACACUGUACCAAGUUUGCAGUAGUAGCUGUGACGGUCUGAUAUGCCUCUUCGAUACCUACAAUUCAGGUUUUGUGGUGAAUCCAUCAACCAGAUGGCAUCGAACCAUUCCUCUCUGUAACAAUCAGCUAAUCACUUCCGAACCCCGCAAACGAAACAGGGGUGUCCUCCCUGGACACCCAUUCCCAAGACUUGGUUUCGGCAAAGACAAACUCACGGGCAUAUACAAGCCGGUUUGGUUAUAUAAUUCGCUGGAACCAGGGCCAGGUAAGGAAACCACCACGUGUGAAGUUUUUGAUUUCAGCGCCAACACGUGGAGGAUGGUUAUCCCUGCGUCUCCUCAUCGCAUUAUUACUUGCCAAGAUCCUAUUUAUUUUGAUGGCUCGCUUCAUUGGUUCACCGAGGGUGAAACAAAGGUUUUGUCUUUGGAUCUUCACACGGAAACUUUCCAAGUCAUCUGUAGAGCUCCCUUUGUCCACGCCUCCCAUUUAGAGAUCAACUUGUGCAACCUUAAUGAUCGUUUGUGCGUGUCCGAGAUGAAAUGGCCCGUGCAAAAGAUUUGGUCCUUCAAUGCAGACAAGGAGGAGACUUGGGAGCGGUUCUGUACAGUUUUGUCUAAUAUAUUCGAAAUUUCACGAAACAUGAAGCAUUCUCUGGAAACAAUGCGGCUCAACGCUCGUCUCCAGACUUUCCCGAACACGUUCUACUUCAGCUACGCGACGAAACGUACGAGAAAGCCUCUAGGGAUGAUGACUGUUCCUUCAUCCUCUGCUCUUUAUCCGAGUGUUGCAGAUGAGUCAGUGGCGGUUUCCUCGUCACCUUCCUCUGCCUUAUAA